AGACGUCUCUCCUGCUCUCAAGAGAAGCAGUUACCUCUUCACCCCCCGAAUGGCUGACAACAGCACACAGAGCUUUAAGGCAGCUGACCUGGUCAUUCAGCUGUCUCCGUCUCUGAAGGCCAAGCCAAAUGUGGUUGACUUCGGGACCGUCUUCACCGACCACAUGCUGACCAUGGAGUGGAGUCUGACUGAAGGCUGGCAGGCGCCACUCAUCAGGCCCUUCGGGAACCUGUCGCUCCACCCGGCCUGUUCAUCACUGCAUUAUGGCAUUCAGCUUUUUGAAGGCUUGAAAGUGUACCGAGGUGACGACAACCGACUCCGCCUCUUCAGACCGAUGCUUAACAUGAAGCGCAUGGCGAACUCUGCCAGGAGAGCUUGUCUACCUGCUUUUGAUGAGUCAGAGCUGCUGGAGUGUAUCAGGAGGCUGGUAGAGGUCGAGCAGGACUGGGUCCCUGUCUCAGACUCAGACAGUCUGUACAUAAGACCAACAUUUAUAAGCACUGAGGCCUCUCUGGGUGUUAAGAAGCCUUCCCGUGCUUUGCUCUAUGUCAUUUUGUGUCAAGCCGGCUCUUAUUUCAGCUCUGAGGCAGGAGGCCUCUCCCUUUGGGCUGAUCCCAAGUAUGUUCGGGCCUGGAAAGGAGGAACUGGAGACUGCAAAAUGGGAGGAAACUAUGGAUGUUCUCUGUUUGCCCAGUACGAAGCAGUGGAUUAUGGGUGUCAGCAGGUGCUGUGGCUGUACGGAGAAGACCACCAGAUCACUGAGGCAGGGACCAUGAACAUCUUCCUGCACUGGAUCAAUGAGGAUGGAGAGGAGGAACUUGCAACUCCACCACUGGAUGGCAUCAUUCUCCCAGGCGUCACCCGACAAAGUAUCCUGGAACUAACCAGAGAAUGGGGUGAGUUUAAAGUGGCAGAGCGCUACCUCACAAUGGGCCAGCUGUGCUUGGCUCUAAAGCAGCAGCGUGUCAAAGCGAUGUUUGGCUCCGGCACCGCCUGCAUGGUCUGCCCUGUAGGGACCAUUGUCUACCAGGGAAAGACCUUGAAUCUUCCUCAGCAUAACCAGUCACCGCUGACUUCACGGAUCGCAAAAGAACUCACAGACAUACAGUAUGGACGCUCGCUUACCGACUGGAUUUUCCUGGUGUAGCCGUUGUGGAGGAGGCGUGGACUGACCUGCGUGCAAGCAAAAAGCCCCCAAAAACUUUCAAAAUAACAAAACAACAAAGAAAAUCUUUAUGUGUGCAGUAACCAGGGAGCAAUGUUUGUGCAAUCUUUUGGCCGUAACAGAAUUACGCUGGAGAACCAAAAUUGCACCUAAAAUAACUGCAGCAGUCUCAAAGUACUUUACCUCAUUUUAGACCUAAAUUAAAGGCAAAUAUACAACUGUCCAAAGUAAUUAACAAAAGUAGGCUGAUGUCUUAUGCAACGCUGCAACACUUGCUUCUUUUUACAGCCAACAACCAGGGGAGAAGCUGUUAGUUUUAUGUUCCUGAUGUUGCUCACAGCACAUGCAAGAAUUUCAACUUAGAUGUAAAGCGACUGGACAGUGUGGGUUGGGUUGUUACGUCUUAAAAAGCUGUGCUUCCGCUUGUUUUAGAGUAUUUUAGAGUUGAUUUUUAUGAAAGUUUUUAUGAACUGGCUACAGCCAGGAGUUGAUGACAAAGCGUCAGUGAAAAGUUGUACAUAUUCCUCACGUGAAACUGUGAUUGAUAGACUUUUUAUUUUUGCAGAUCUGAAAUAAGACAAGUUGGUAUGUUGUGCACUGCUACAUGGAUUUAUGUUGUUUAACUGGUCAACACAGAUAAGAGCACUGACUGUAUCCUAAUGUGCUGUCAGCUUUUCACUAUAAUUAUAUGAAAAUAAUAUAAUUGAACACAGCAUGAUACUGUCUUUGAUAGGAUAACCGUUUCAAAUCCUUUAGUAGGUCUUAAUCUAUGUCUUUUAUUUGGCUCAACUUGUUGUUUUUCUUGUUCUGUUGCUUUAGUAGCUACAUGAAAGCUGCCAUGUGUCAAGCCUCGUUUAUGAGUCACUCAGUGUGGUUACCUGCACAUCUUAA